UUCAAAUACCACCAACAUCCCCUUUCUCAAUAGGAAUCGUCGCGAUCUCAAGCGCGAACGACACGCUAUUGCGAUCAAGAUCGAGCGAGAGGGUUACGAAGUCGCCAUGCCUUGCGAGCGUUGUUAGAAUACGAAGCCGCGGAAGCGUUGUGUGAUGAUGGAGGGUUUGAACAAGUGCCAAAAUUGUGUUCGCAUGGGCAAGAAGUGCAGUGGUCCGAACGUUACGGAUGCCCUCCUUUCGAAUUUGUCGGAGCAGGAGAAGGUUUCGAAAGAGAUUGCCGAGACCGAGGCGCUGCUUGCUCAGACGCUAAGCCGUUUGAGUCGAUUGCGUCGUUUACAGCAAUCCCUGCGUGAUCGUGGUGCCGAAGUUUUUCGUCGUGGCAUAGCUCGUCUGGAGGAAGAGGAAGAACCAGAUACUCCUCCGCCGAUGUCGGAGACACAGACCCUCACGGGUCAGGCUCAGGCGUUGGGUACUUUUGACGUGCUUGAUUGGGAGUCGAUCGGGUUGGAUCCCGGUCCUAAUUCUAGCGGGUUCCCCUCUUUUUCUGUCGGGGAAUAGGCUUUAGAGCCGGUUCUUGUGGCCGGUUAGGAUUCUGCCGG